GCACAGAACACUGCUGGCGAAUCUUUCCCGUGUCUAACACACCAACAACAACAGCAAAAUGGCCAAGCGCACCAAGAAGGUUGGAAUCGUUGGUAAAUAUGGUACCCGUUAUGGUGCUUCCCUCCGUAAGAUGGUCAAGAAGAUGGAAAUCACCCAGCACAGCAAGUACACUUGCUCCUUCUGCGGCAAGGACUCCAUGAAGCGCGCUGUUGUGGGCAUCUGGUCCUGCAAGCGUUGCAAGAGGACCGUCGCCGGUGGCGCCUGGGUGUACUCCACCACCGCCGCUGCCUCCGUGCGAUCGGCCGUCCGUCGUCUGCGCGAAACCAAGGAACAGUAAACAUAAACGGAUCAUUAAUGAUGGAACCAUCUAAUUGAAUGCUCCGCUAUGCUAGCUCCCGUAGUUUUAAUCUGACAACGCGAUUUUCCUGUGGUUUGCACCGUGCCGGUCAUGUGAAAAUAAAAAAUGUUUUUUACUUUUAACAGUA